CGAUUCCCCUUUGUUCAGAUUCGCCAUUUUGCGAGGCAGCGGCAGUGGCGGCGGCGGCGGCGGCUGGAGCCUCUGAUUGGGUUUCGGGGUCCGGUACUGGAGCCAAUCAGCGCGGGCAGCGAACCGGGGGAGCGAGGCACGGAUUCCCUCGCUGGCAGCUGCCUGGGGUCUGCAGAGUGAAGCUACAGGAGGACUCUUAACGUGGCGGGGCCAUGGAGCAGUAUACAACGAACAGCAACAGUUCCACAGAGCAGAUCGUGGUGCAGGCUGGCCAGAUUCAGCAGCAGCAGCAGGGUGGUGUCACUGCUGUCCAGUUGCAGACUGAGGCCCAGGUGGCAUCCGCCUCAGGCCAGCAAGUCCAGACCCUCCAGGUAGUCCAGGGGCAGCCAUUAAUGGUACAAGUCAGUGGAGGCCAGCUAAUUACAUCAACUGGCCAACCCAUCAUGGUCCAGGCUGUGCCGGGUGGACAAGGCCAAACUAUCAUGCAAGUACCUGUGUCUGGAACACAAGGUUUACAGCAGAUACAGUUGGUCCCCCCUGGGCAGAUCCAGAUUCAGGGUGGGCAGGCAGUGCAGGUGCAAGGCCAGCAGGGUCAGACCCAACAGAUCAUCAUUCAGCAGCCACAGACUGCAGUCACCGCCGGCCAGACUCAGACACAGCAGCAAAUUGCUGUCCAGGGACAGCAAGUGGCCCAGACUGCUGAAGGGCAGACUAUUGUCUACCAGCCAGUUAAUGCAGACGGCACAAUCCUCCAGCAAGUUACAGUCCCUGUUUCAGGCAUGAUCACCAUCCCAGCAGCCAGUUUGGCAGGAGCACAGAUCGUUCAGACAGGAGCCAAUACCAACACAACCAGCAGUGGACAAGGGACUGUCACUGUGACGCUGCCGGUGGCGGGCAAUGUGGUCAACUCAGGAGGAAUGGUCAUGAUGGUGCCUGGAGCUGGCUCCGUGCCUGCUAUCCAAAGAAUCCCUUUACCUGGAGCGGAGAUGCUGGAAGAAGAGCCCCUGUAUGUGAAUGCCAAACAGUAUCACCGCAUCCUUAAGAGGAGACAAGCGCGGGCUAAGCUAGAGGCCGAAGGGAAAAUUCCCAAGGAAAGAAGGAAAUACCUCCACGAGUCUCGGCAUCGACACGCCAUGGCACGGAAGCGUGGUGAAGGGGGGCGGUUCUUCUCUCCAAAAGAAAAGGAUAGUCCUCACAUGCAGGAUCCAAACCAAGCUGAUGAAGAAGCCAUGGCACAGAUUAUCCGAGUCUCCUAACCACAGGCGGGCGGCAGAGCUGAUGAGUCAUGUUCCUCUCCACUGUUUCCACUGUCUGGAAAUGGAGCGACUCUUCCAAUGGGACACUGAUGAUUGCACUCUGCCCUUGCUCAGGACAGGAACUGCUUAGCUCAGUAUUAUAGCUGCAGUGGUGGCUGAUGAACUGGAGUUGCCAGCCUUUGUCUCACCCUUUCAUUCAGGACCUGUUUCAGACUGGUGGUGACACUGACCUUUUGUGAAUUUGGAUGAUACAAGGAGGUAUUGACCAGCCCAGCGUUACAUACACAGCACUUCUGUUGAGUGGUUUGAGGCCAGCCAGUGAGCCAUCGAGUAGGGGGAGCAGCCUUCUCACCUUGGUCUGCAGUCAAGGCAGCCACAGCCCAUGCCUUCCUGUGGAGCAUCACCAGCAUCCAUCCCCUGGCGGGAUGGCAGGAUGGCUGACGCACUGCACUCAGGUGGCUCGCAAGAAAGAGGAGCUUCAUGUUCAGACAUGGAGCAGCAGACUGAGCUGCAGUCUCGGGCUGUGUGAUAAGAACCUGUCUGCCCACAUGCUAGGUUGGUUUUACUUCAGCCAAGAAAGUCCAGAGAGGAUGUUUUGGACUCAGGAUAAAAGGAUAGACGACCUUGAGGGUCUAUCUAAAGGGUACAUCACUGACUUAGCUCUGACUGGUCUGCUCAUCCCUGUUAACAGGCCUUCCGGGCCGUCAUUCGUACUGGGGCCACUUUAAAGACAGUUUAGAGAGUAAAUGGACCUGGCAGCAGAUUUUCCCAGUAGAGAACAAAACUUCACAACAUCUGUGCUGAAGUAUCGACGUGUACAGUGGUUCUUCAACAGGGGCAAACCUAGGAUUUUUAAUCAUGGGCUUUAUGACAGCAAGUAGGGAAGGGAAGGAUCUUUGCAUUUCACUCUAGAGAGCAAGUGUCCUGCCUGCCCGGGUGCUGCCAGAGAGCGUGAUUCUCCAGUGGCUGGAGACCAGGCCUGGGUCUGACGCUGAGGAGACCACGUCACUCACAUUCACACUGACAACCUUCUGCCAUGCACUAAGGGAAGUUGGAGGUGUGCCCUUCCGUUGUCUGAAGAAGCACUGUUGAGGUGGCCGUCCUGGACGCAUACUGGAACACUGCUGGAGCUCAGAGUGGAGGAGAGACUCGGCUUCUUCACCCCGCCUCUUUGUGCUGGCCCAGAGGCUGAAUGUUCUUCCCAUGGCAGCUGAUUUCCUUGGUGCCAGUUCCCACUUGUUUCCUCCUUUCUCUGUAGGCCUCGCAGCAAGGUUUGCAUACGCAUCUGUGCUGUAGGGAUCCACUUCAGACUGGGAAGAUUCCUGCGGGGUCAGGAAUUGGGCCAUAGCUCCCAGGAUGAGUUGGGCCUCAGAAAUCUGUUUUCUGGACAAGCACUCUACCACUGAGCCACCCCCAGCCAGCCGGGACUCUGCUGUGGAUGCUGAGGCUGGAGGAGAAGAGCUGGCCGCUGCUCUGCAGUCAGGGUCAAGUGCAGUCAUCCCAAAGACUUGGAGGCUGGUUAAAACACCAGUCAAGUCCAAAGGCCGGCUCUUUGACUUCCUUCUGUCAUCUUAAGGAUGGGAAAGAUUUUACUCUUAGAACGGAACAUCACAGGGAGACUGGUUUAAUCGGAGAAGCAUGAAGUAAGCCAUCGCUUCCGGCUCCCAGGAAUCUUGCCAUUUCUCCUGGCUUCCAGAUGUCAGAGGGGGCUAAUCCUUUUUUAGUAAACUCACUAGAAACUUCUGGCUCUUCACAUGAGCUUUCAGAUAUUACUGAAAACCAUGAGGAAUUUCUACCUUUGUGGUGGUGAGGAUUCUAAGGGAAGGGUUCAGGGAUUCCUCAGACCUAACGUCUAGUGCUUAAGCCAGCAAUUGUAGAAUGUUAUUUAUUUGUCUCCAUAAGUUUGUAUAUAAUCUUAACCUCGUAUUGUUGCUCAGUUUCAUUUUGAGGAAGGCAAGUUUGAGUUUGAUUUCCUUUGAAACAGAUGCUUGGGUUUCCAUUUGCCCCUGCAUUGCUGUUAGCUCAUGACCCUUUCCUUGUGGUAUUGUAGCACAACGUCCCAGCCUGUGGGGCGGCUGAGUUCUGGGUUUUUGUUUGUUUAACUUAGUUCUUUUUACUUGUUCUUGGAAUCGUAGUGAUGGCUUCAAAGACGCAGUGAGUGGAGGAGCGGGCUGCUAGUCUGUUGCAUCUCUGUACUUCCUGAGCGCUUCUGUUGCAGGAUAGCUAAAUGUAUAUAUUUUAAUUGCACUGGUAAUAAACGGGGCACGCCAGUGUCUAGACGCUGCACCGACGGCCUCUCCUGGCUGCAGGGUGCCUGAUAAUAAUGUCUUGAUUUUCCUUUGGGUCUCAACUAUGUAGGGCUCCCCACCAGCAAGGGGGGUACAGGUGAUCAUUGGUGUCAUUGCAAUUUUUUUAAAUAAAUUUAUAAAAAUAGUAAAAAGUG